AUGAGCUCGGAGCCGGGGGUGGGGGAGUCGGAGGAAGCAGCUCCUAGCAGUCCGCUCAUCCUGACCGAGCCCGCGGCGGCCCUCAUCAGCCACUACAGGGAGGAAGAUGACGAAGACGAUGUGCAUAAAUGUGGCCGCUGUCAGACAGAAUUCACGAGCCUGGAAGAGUUUGUCCAGCACAAGGUACAAAAGGUGUGCCAGAAGGUGGUGGAGCAGUCCCUGGAGUCUUCCAUAUCAAUCCUCAGCAGCCAGGAGCAGGUAGUUCCUUCCGUAGAAGAUCCUGGGAGCAUUUCCCACGUUGUUGUGGAGGCCUCAUCAGAGGAGAUCAGCACUGCGGACGAUCAAGCAGCCUCUGAAGAGGUAAAGGAUUGUAUCCCCACUGAGGAGACUGUUGAUGGCGAGCAGAGAAGUGAUACCCAGGAAUAUGAUUUGGAUUGGCAUGAGAGCCCAGAGGAGGCCCCUUCGCAAGAGGAGACCUCGAUGAUGAAAAUGGUUAUGGAUGAGAAAGGUCGCUAUGUGUGCCAGUUGUGCGAGAAGACCUUUAAGACAGCUAACAUUCUGAAAGCACAUAUGCUCAUCCAUACCAACAGGAAGGACUUUGUUUGUAGAAUGUGCGGGGAUGCCUUCAGGACAAAGGGCUCCCUAAUUAGACACCACCGACGGCACACAGAUGAGAGGCCCUAUGUUUGCUCUAAGUGUGGCAAGAGUUUCCGUGAAUCUGGGGCAUUAUCACGGCACAUGAGGUCUCUCACACUCCCUGCACUGAGAAGAUGAUGAUCAACAUGGAGAAAACCUAUAUGAACAGCCGGGAUGAGAACUCGUCAGACACUUCAUCCCAGACGGGGACAGAUGAGGUAAAUGAUUCGCCAGUGAUGCGAUUAUUAGCAGAUGAGAAGGGCAACCUACUGCACGAGGUCCAGGUGCAAGCAGUGACUGUUAAACCUCGGACAGAUAUCAUAGUGGGCAACACAGAAGAAUUGGUGUGUCCUCAGUGCGGUGAAAUCUGCAAGACUAGCAACUCCUUGAAAGUACACCUGAAGGGUCAUGAAGGUUGUAAACUGUACCGUUGCGAUCAGUGCGGCCGGGAGUUCUUGAAGGCUCACCUGCUCAGGAAGCACCAGGAAUCACACGCCAAUAACCGUAAAUACAAGUGUGGCGAGUGCGGGAAGAUGUACAAGACAGUCGCUCAUGUAAAAGGUCACAUGAGAGUGCACUCUGAUGACAGGCCGUUCCCCUGUCCAAAGUGUGGGAAGAGGUAUAAAACAAAGAAUGCUCAGCAAGUGCAUUACCGCACCCACUUUGCAGACAGGCCGUUUGUUUGUCCAUACUGCCCUAACAGCUUCCGAGAGAAAGGUUCCCUGGUGCGGCACAUAAGGCACCACACGGGAGAAAAGCCUUACAAGUGUCACAAGUGCGGCAGAGCGUUUGCAGAGCAUGGAACGCUAAACCGCCAUAUGAAAACCAAAGGUGGCUGUGCAGCACAUCUACAAAACUUGGCAGGUUGCGGCAGUAAAUCCGUGGCUGAAGACAUCCUCUCUGAGGAGCCGCACACAGUGCUGGUCGAGUUCUCUUCAGUGGUUGCUGACACUCAGGAAUAUAUUAUUGAGGCGACCUCUGAAGAUUUAGAGGCCAGUGAGGCUGCUGAGUUACUGCAGAGCACAGGAGCACACGAGGUCAACAGCCAUAUAUUGAAGGUGGUCCAACAAAUAGUGAGCACAGCCAGUCCUGGCCAGCAGAUUAUCGUACAGAAUGUAACACUGGAUGACAGCACUGAGCCCUGUAUAGAGGAGGUCCCCACUACAGACACUAUUACUAUAGCAACUCCAGAAUCUCUGACUGAGCAAGUGGCCCUGACUUUGGCCUCAGCCGUUGGAAACGGGACAGUGAUAACAAGUGAAGCCACUGCCAGUGAGGAGAUUAUUGUGCCUGAGGAAGUGGUGGUGCCGGAGGAAGUGGUAAUACCUGAGGAACUGGCGGUGCCGGAGGAAGUGGUAAUACCUGAGGAACUGGCGGUGCCGGAGGAAGUGGUGGCACAAGAAGAUGUGGAAAUGGUGGAGCAAGUCGGAGAGAAGAAUUUGUCAUCACCACCAUACACGAAGAGGAGGUGGAGGUCCAGACUGUGAUUGUGUAG